ACAACUGUAUAUAUAUACUACACACAUCCUGUAAUACAUAUGAAGUUUCUAUCGGAACUGAGAACGUGUUUUGGCGGCGCCACCGUUACAAAGGCGGUGGAAGGGCUACAGCCGGAGGAGAAAGAGAAAGAACCGGAGCUAAAUCGCUCUGUUGCGACGCAAAGUGCACCUUCUUGGAAAAGGAAAGUGAAGAACAGAGGGAAUUGGAAACCGGUGCUCCACGUCAUCUCCGAAGACAAAACGAUUACCGCCGUUGAUCGUUAUAGUUACAAUCAAAAGAAUGUUAGAAUUCCCGGCAUUAAAGUAGCCUCAAAAGUAGGCGUCAAAUCAGCGGCAAAAGGUCGAGCACCGAAGAAGCACGGCAUGAGUUACUGGGAAAUGUCAUAUGCGAUUGGCAUGCCUGCUUUUUCAGGAACGCUAUAUUAGUCUUGCGUUCUGUUGUUUUUGUUCAUAAUAAAUAAUUGCUCUUUUUCGCUUUUCUACUUUUAUUUCUUCACUUUUUGUUCAACUCCUUGGAAAUUUAGCAAAAGCAGAAAAUACAUUUUUUUAUUUCCUUUGUACAGUGUUACAGAAAUGAUCUCAAGUUACAUUGCUUCCUCCAA